AGACUUCUUCAGUGGUGACUUGCAGUACAAUCCGAACAUAUUAGUCAUAGCGGUCAAGAUGAACACAAUUAUGAAAUGUACAUCGUUUUGUAGUCGAUCUACCAAUUUGAUCAAAAGACUUUAUCACAUGUCAAAGUACACGGUGGAAAUUCCAAACGUGUCUAUUGGACAAUACAUACUAAAUGGAUUUAACAAACGAGACGACAAAAUUGCACUGGUUGAAGGGAUAACCGAUAAGAAGACCACAUUUGCUGAACUACACGAACAAAUACAACACGUUACCAGCAAUUUAUCCGCCCUUGGAUUUGGCCCUGGGCACGUGGCUUGUCUUUGCGGAUUUAACGCCCCUGAAUUUGCGCACGUUUUCUGUUCGGUGACAUUACUUGGUGGUGCGCUAACCAUCGCCAAUCCACAGUUAACAGCAGGUGAACUGCAGACCCAAGUAAAUGAAACAGGGACAAGCGUUCUAUUCGUCACGCCUGACUGCGUAGAAAAGGCCAAGGUUGUGUCACAGACCUCAAAACAAAUACGGCACGUAAUCGUCGUUGGACAUCACCAUGAACUUCCCACCCUUGAAAAGCUGAUGCGCCCGCGACCUCACGUAACCCCAGUGGUAGUUGACCCUGCCUCCCAUGUGGCUCUCCUGCCCUUCAGCAGCGGCACCACGGGCCUCCCUAAAGGAGUCAUGCUCACCCAUCGAAACCUGGUCGCUGAGCUGGCUGCAUUGAGCCACGAACAUUUUUUACCGUUUGGUGACGGUGACAGCUCCCUGGCCGCCCUCCCCAUGGUGCAUAUCGCGGGGCUUGUGAUAGGGCUUCUUAACCCACUUAGCCAAGGGGCCGCGGUGGUCACACUUCCUCGGUUCCAACCCGACACCUUCCUGGCAUCCCUUGAGAAAUACAAGACGACAUUCUCCCUCAUAGCGCCGCCUGUGGUGAACUUCCUGGCUACUGACCCUUCCGUAGAGCGCUACGACCUGAGUCACUGGCGGACUCCUUAUUCAGGGGCUGCCCCGUUGGGCAAGGACCUCACAGAGACCGUUGUCCGGAAGCUGGGUCUGACUGGCCUCAGACAAGGUUACGGGAUGUCGGAGACGAGUCCCGCCACACACACAACUCCGCUGGACUGGUGGAAAUACGGCUCUAUCGGUGUUCCCCUCCCCAACACAGAGAGCAAAGUGGUAGACAUCGACACCAUGGCGACGCUCAAUGCGCACGCGCACGGCGAGAUCUGGGUCCGGGGACCACAGGUGAUGAAGGGCUACCUGAACAAACCGGAAGCGACGCGCGAAACGCUCAUGGAAGAUGGUUGGCUGAGGACAGGCGAUAUCGGUUACUAUGACGACGACGGCCACUACUUCGUCGUUGACAGACUGAAGGAGAUCAUUAAAUACAAGGGAUACCAGAUCGCCCCGGCAUACCUCGAGAGCGUUCUCUUACAACACCCUGCGGUGUGUGACGCAGCGGUUGUGGGUAAAGCCCAUCCUGUUCACGGCCACCUGCCUACCGCCUAUGUCGUCUGCAACACGAGCGUUACAGCAGACGACAUUGCGCAGUUUGUGAAUAUGCAAGUAGCCCCCUACAAACGACUUCGAGGGGGAGUAAACAUCGUAAAGGAAUUGCCAAGGUCGCCAAGCGGGAAAAUCCUGAGAAAAAAUCUUUUAUAGUCAUUAAUACAGUGUACCACCAUUUCAACAUACGUUUUUAUGUUUAUAAUAUAUUAUUCAAAUAAAUUGCAAUUUUAAUACACAUCCACACAUUCGAGACAAAGCACACUUCAUGUAUAUACAUGUACAUGUAUUCUAAUAAGAAAUCGUGAUAUUCAUAUGGUGGUGUGAGAAAUAUCGGCCCCCAGAAACGAUUUAUACGAUUAUCUCUCAACCUUUAAACCUCUCAAAAUUUAAAGCCAACAUCAGUUACAACAUUGGGCAUAAACAGAUAGAAAAGUAAAGGAAUUUAUAAUCCCAUCAUCAUUAAUUGCACCCUAACCAUAUGAAAUGAGCGUUAUUGUCUUUGUUGUAGGGACUUUGAUUAAGAAGAUAAAUACCAGUAUAUAUGUAUAUACCGACGCUACACUGAGUCGAGAAAAAUAUAGUAGCCGUUACAUUUGAUAUCAACCCAUCUGUAUAUAAGUUCCACACGCCACUAGGUUCAUUUGACAACUCAAUAAUUUAUAAUGUGUGUACAUUUAUCAAAGAAGCGUUUGUAAUGAGAAAUGCGAGUCUUAAUAAUACUGUUCUAUAAACUUCAGUACCGCCAACUUCAUGUUCAUGAUUGUAUUUAUUUCUAUUUAAAUAAAUAUUAUUAAUUUUGUUGUCAAUGUGAUGUUGUUUUACCUAGACACGAGACAGAGGAUACUGUGUAGAAGAUUUAGACGAUGUACUUUUGUAUACCCGUAAGUCUGAAUAAACUGUUUGCGUGAC